ACCUAAGUGACCUACAUGUAAGUUUAUCAAAGGAUAAGCCUUUAAUCAGAUCUGGACUAUGGGUUUGAUAGACAUCUUGUAAAUCAUGAGGCCUUUUUGAGCUAGAAGGAACCAUUAAUGCGGAGUAAGCGACAUGGUCAGUUCAACGUCAGUCAGAUGCCAGUCAGCAGUCAGCACACUCUGGAACUAUCUAUCCGAAUCAUCCAUUGCCCCAGACAAAACCCAAAUAUGAUUCUUGUUACCUCGUUUCUUUACUUGUCUCUCAAUUUCAUUCAUGUCAAAAGCUACAAUUCAUAAAACCUGUCUGGCAUUAUAAUCAUUCACAUCAUGGCCAUUUAUCACCUGGUCCUGCUAAAGUUCAAGGAUCUUAUACCUCCCGAGGAGGUCAAAUCUGCUUGCAGUAAAUUUCUUUCUCUGGGAGACAAUUGUCUUCACCCCACAACUCAGAAAACGUAUUUCAAAGUAGUCGGUGGAGGAAAAGACAACAGUCCAGAGAACCUUCAGAAUGGAUUGACACACGCAUUCGUUGUCUACUUUGAGAAUGGAGAAGAAGACAGGGAGUAUUAUCUGAAGACCGACCCUGUUCAUAUGGAGUUUUCCGUGGACAUCAAAGAGCUAGUCGAGAAAAUCCAAGUUGUCGACUUUACACCUGGAGUGUUCUAACCAAACAUCUUACAUAUCUAUCUACGUAUAGGUUUGUUAUGGCUUCUCGAAGGUCACCGGGCCUGGUCUUUGGUUGAGAAUUAGAGAAUUGGGGGAAGAUGUAAUGACGUCAUCAGAGACUGCAAUUAGCUUGUGAUCUUCUAUAGGUGUUCCAACUCGUAAGUACCUGGAGAUGCUAAGUUGAAAUUGUCAAAAUGGGUUGGACUUUUAAAAGUAUCUACUCCAAAUUCGUCAUUCCAUAUAAUAGUUAUACACUAUUUACAAUUGCAAGAUUUCUAGGCAAUGAUCGCCAUAAAUACCUCUGGCGGCCUGGACUGCUAGGCUGAUAAGGUUAGUUACCUAACCUAGUACCUAGUAGGUACUCAUUGUAAUUGAAGCCACUAUCUUUCCA